AUGUCUUAUGACGAUGUAUCAUCGCGGGCCACAGCCCUUCGGCAAGUUGUAAAGCUCAUCCAAGACGCAUCGGAAACGCUCAUUUCAGAAUGGGAGAAUCCGGCGCCAGACGCGGUGCCGGCAUCCGAGACCAGUUUCGCUAUACCCGGGCGCCAAGCUUAUGACGCUCAACGAACCAUCAUCGCGGCGUUGGGCUCAGUCGAGGAGCUCGUAGCCGAGCCGCACCUGCGUCUUGUAGAUUUCGCCGAGCUAUACUUUGAGGUCCGAGCACUUCACAUAGCUCUGCAACACGAUAUCGCUAUACUGCUUGCCAAGGGUGGCGCGGACGGAGUUCCCGUCGAAGAAUUGGCGAAGGCAACUGGACUCGACCGUCAGAAGCUUAGUCGCUUAUUGCGAGCCCUAACAACGCAGCACUUCUUUCGCGAAGUCGGACCAGACAGGUUUGCGAAUAAUAGAAUCACUCAGGCUCUGGUCAAUGAUGAGAAGCUACAGGCACAGACAACCCGCAGCUCCAUGGGAUUUGCCGCCGCGUCGGCAUUGCCAGAAGCGUUGAUCGACCCAGUAAGAGGGCCAAGCCAAAACCCAGAGGAUGCUGCCUGGCCGCUGGCCGUCGGCACGAAGCUCCCUUUCUUCGACUGGAUGAACGAGAAAGUUCCCCUGUCACGAGCAGGCGAGAAAGCAAGCCCCGGCGCGGCAAGAGGGUUUUAUAAGGAAGUAGAGCCAUCGCCAGACGAGGAAUUGGUUCCUAGAGACGACACGAAGACGUACAACUUGUAUUUGGUCGGCAACAGCAAGAGCCUUGGCAGCGCUCACCUGUAUGACUUCCCCUGGAAGGAGUUGGGAAAUGCGCUGGUUGUCGAUGUUGGGGGCGGCGUCGGUAGUUUUGAUCUUCAACUAGCCCGUUUGUAUCCGGAGCUACGUUUCGUCGUACAGGAUCAAGUGGUAGCAACCGAACAAGGUGUCUCGCUAUGGCAGAAAGAGUUCCCCGAGGCUCUAGAGUCGGGACGGACGAAAUUCCUAACCCAUGACUUUUUUACACCAAAUCCCGUAAAGGAGGCCGACAUCUACUGGAUGCGGCACGUUUUACAUGACUGGAAAGACGACGACAGUGCCAAGAUCCUCGCGAUGACUGCUGGGGCCAUGGGACCAAAGUCGCGACUUCUCGUCGCCGACAUCACCUUAACUGAAACUAUAGGAGAUCCGUAUAUUAAAGCUGCGCCCAAACCUCUUUUGGCCAAUUACGGAAUCCAUGGCCAUCAUGGGUUUGCUCUCGAUAUAGCCAUGAUGUCUUUGAUGAAUGGCAAGGAACGCACCCCCUCGGAAUUCCGAAAUUUGUUCGAGAAGGCGGGUUUGAAGAUGGUUAAAGUGUGGGAGUGCCGUAGCAACUUGGGUAUAAUCGAAUGUCGCCUAGCAUAA